AUGAACAACAAUGAAUCAGAACCAUCGACUGUGUAUAUUGGUAAUACACGUACAAUAUCAAAUGAAUGUUUAGUUGAAUAUUGUUCAAAAUUUGGUCUUAUUCUUGAUUGUUCACGUCGUUUAUUAUCUUCAGAACAAACUUAUUUAGUUGAUUUUACAUUUGUUCGUUUUUUAAAUGUACAAUCAGCAUUAAAAUUUCUUUCUACAUCUAAUCAUAUUCUUAAUAAUGGAAUAAAUCUUGAUGUAAGACCAUUUAAUGAAAUUCUUCAUACAGCUGUUCCUUUAUAUGUUGAUCGAAAAAUUUGUAUUGAAAAUUUACCAGGUCAUAUAUCCCUUAAUGAUAUAAAAAAAUAUUUACGUACAUUUGGAACAAUAAAACAAGCAACUUCAGAAACUAAUGAUGAUGAACAAAAAUAUGUUUAUAUUGAAUUUGAAUUAUCUGCAUCAAGAAAUAAAUUAUUAAAAGGAAAAAUUAAAAAUCAUCGUGUACGAGAUCAUAAUUUAGAGAUUUUACCUUUACUAAGACCAACGGAUGUUGAUCUUCAUACAAUAAAAGAACAAGAAACUGCUACGGAUGAUUCAAAUAUAUUAAUACAUUUAGAACGUGAAUAUAAUUUAAAAAUUCGUCAAAAAUUUGAUUUUAUUGAAAAUGAAAUAUCAGAAUUAAUUAAACAAAAACGUCAAAAUUAUGAACAUAUGAAAAAAAUGAUCCCAUAA